GUCAGCAACUGGAGCAGAGAGGGCUGCACUCAGAGGAUCCUGCGGGUUCAGUCUGUCAGCCAGUGCGCUGAUAUUGCGGUCUUGUAUUUGCGUUGCUUUGCGGGUAUUUGCGGAGAUGGGCUGUUAUAGCUUUUAAAACGUACACCAGAGUUUGGGGCUUGUUUUGGGGCUCAUGGCGCAACAGGAGGACUUCGCUUUCAUAGGACAAACUAACGUCAUUAUCUGAAUCUUGACGUCGGCUGCAACCCACCUCGAUCUGUCAUGCAGGGACAGAGGAUUCACUUGUUCAAAUACUUAAAUUGUAGGAUAUAAGUCCUAAAUGCGGACAGAAGCUGCUGUCUGCGCUCACUUUAUUUUGUUUAUAACUUUGUGUUUCAAUCAUUAAUCAUGGUGGGUGGAGGAGCUGCUGAUCUGGCCCCAUCAGCCCUUGUCAAGAUCUUUUCAGCGGGAACAGCUGGCUGUGUGGCCGACCUGGUCACUUUCCCCCUGGACACAGCCAAAGUCAGACUGCAGAUUCAAGGUGAAAACAAGCCAAUGGAAGGCCAGAAGAUCAGAUACAGAGGUGUGUUCGGUACCAUCUUCACCAUGGUGAAGACUGAGGGCCCGAGGAGUCUGUACAGUGGGCUGGUGGCCGGGCUGCAGAGACAGAUGGGCUUCGCCUCAGUCCGCAUCGGCCUGUACGACACCAUGAAGCAGUUCUACACCAGAGGGUCAGACAAUGCAGGACUUGGUGCUCGGCUGCUGGCAGGCAGCACCACAGGCGCGAUGGCCGUUUCCUUUGCUCAGCCCACCGAUGUGGUGAAAAUCAGGUUCCAGGCUCAGGCCCGGCUGCCUGACAGUGGCUCUGUGAAGAGAUACAACAGCACGAUUGAUGCCUACAGGACCAUCGCCAGGGAGGAAGGUGUUAGAGGUCUUUGGAAGGGUUGUCUGCCAAACAUAGCUCGCAAUGCCAUCGUAAACUGCUCCGAGCUGGUGACCUAUGACAUCAUCAAAGAGCUCAUCCUGAAGUACAACCUGAUGACAGACAACAUGCCGUGUCACUUUGCAGCAGGCUUUGCAGCAGGUUUCUGCACCACCAUUGUAGCGUCUCCGGUGGAUGUGGUGAAAACACGCUACAUGAAUUCACCUCCUGGGAAGUACAGCGGCGCUAUUAACUGUGCCUUAACCAUGCUGAUGAAAGAGGGACCCACAGCUUUCUACAAGGGAUUCAUUCCCUCGUUUCUUCGUCUGGGUUCCUGGAACAUUGUGAUGUUUGUGAGCUACGAGCAGAUCAAGAGAGGUGUCGCGAGAUUUCAACAGUACUGGGAGUCUCCGCCCCGACCUAUCUGACGGCUGGUUUAGCACUGGAUUGAUGUUAUUGGUGUGGCAAAACCAGGAGUGUCUGUAUCAGUAUGCGCUGAAGAGAGACAGUGUGGUGAGGACUGCUGCUGGUUCAGACCUGCUCUCCCUCAGGGAUUAAACCGCAUCUUUUUAAUGAAGCUGCACCUCAAAGAAAAACUGCAGGGAUGUUAUACAAUGAAUUGUUAAUGACUUACGCACACUUUUAGUUUUUUUCUAGUCAUGUUUCUAAUAGUGUUUUCAAUUGGCCUUUUUCACAAAGGACACAUUAAGUGAGAGAAUCACAGGUGUAAAUAACAAAAUCAGUGAUGGCUGAAUUCCAUUUAGCUGCUUCAGUUUUAGGGUCCUGGUAUUAUGUGUGCUGUCAUCGCUGUCAACAUGGAUACAGGUAUUUUUGAAAAUUGAUAUUUUUCCUAUGUUUAAAAAAAUUAGCUCUCUCCACGACAUUUGUUUUACAAAAUAUUUCUGUUCAAACGAGAAUGCAAAAAACAACUCAGAACGUUAGCCAGUGUUAGCUCUCUCAAAGUCUACCCUUGUCAUAAAGGUAAUAGGUUUUCUGGCUAAUGUAAACUUUUUCAAAACAACGACUGAAGAUAUCAAUACCGAUGAUUCAUGUUCUGUUGAAGAAUAAUGACAAGUGUCUGGUUUGACUGGGCCUUAUCCAAAAUGGUCAUUUCUUGGCUUUAAACUACGGACGCUCAAGCGGAACAAAAAACAUUAGUGGUUAAGUGUUGCAGCAAUACUUAAGCGUAAAGUAGUCAUUGGCCCAAGCAGUGCUUACAAAACAUUACCAAAUCAGCAGCCCGCGGUUGUUGUUGUUUCUGGUGUAUGCUUAUUGCACAAAGCAACAGUGGACAUGCACAAAAUUGAUGACAUUAAGUCAUUAUGUCCUCGAUGCUCCAUUUUACACAUCCACUCAGAUACACUGUAACUGAGGUUAUGAAAAAGUCUGCAACUUAAAAGUUUUUUUUUCCUUCUUUUUGUCAAGAUUAUUUUGGGGGGGCUUUUGGCCUUAAUUUUGAUAAGACAGCUUAAGUGUGAAAGAGUGAGAGAGAGGCGAUGACAUGCAGCAAAGAGCUGAGAUUAGAAUUGAGCCUGCCGCCACUGCAGCAAGGACAUAACCUGUGUACAUGGGGCGCCCACUCUACCAGGUGAGCUAGUGGGCACCCCGGAAGGUAAAAUAUCUCCAUUUUAGUUACCUAAAAAUGUGUUUGCAUGUGGACGAGAGGCCAAAAUGUAGAGGAAAAUAUCACUUUGCAAAUAUAUCUGUACCUGUGUAGAUCUGGCCUUACUGAGACACCUGAAUAGAACAGAACCAUUGUUAAUGAUAUGAGUAACACCUGUGUUUUUCCGUCAAUGAGAAGUUCAAAUGUCCACUGAGAAAAGGACCUGUUUACAAAGUAAAGUGUGGGUGUGGAUGCAGGGUUAGUUACAGAGCUGUCUUUCAAGUGCUGUAAUUUAUUGGUUUCCUGGUUCCCUUUGGUUUUGUAUUUCAUGUCUGGUUUCAGGUGAAACUUUAUAAUUUUCUUGCAUUGUUUCAUAUGAAUCUUUAGGAAUUAAGGUGAAAAUGAAUGGGUUAAGGUUAAGGAUUUAUUUUUCCAAUUCCAAUUCCAAUUAUUUUAACCAUGAAUCAGUUAGUCUCUUAGUCCUCAAAAUGUUCUUCGAAUAUGUUACAUAUUAUAUCUUUUUAUCUCUUUAAAAUGUGAAA